UGUCAAAGUCACUGUCAUCCCCAAAAUUAUAACAACAAUCCAAACUAAAUAAUACCGUUUAGAAAACAGAAAUAAUACCUAAGAUAAUGAUUUUUAUAUUAUUGCAUAUAGUUAUUUUACAUUUAAUCUCAUAAUGUAACAAUUCAACAUGGGCAGGCAUAAAGAAUGGCGUAAAGUAGCAAAGAGAGAGCGACGACGCAGAAUUCGGAAAGAAAACGCAAAAAAUCUAGAUCCUCAAGAGAUUCUUACGCCCGAAGAAUGUAAAUGUUGGCUGGAAAAUCAAGAAGCCAUGUAUAUUCUUGAAAUGGAACGUAUUGAAAUUAGCAAUAAGGAAGAAAAUGAUAAAUGGGAAAUGGCUGAAAAAAUUACAAUUGAGAAAUGGCGGAAACUCCAAGAAAAGAAUGAACAGUUACGACUAAAACAUCUGCAAGAAAUUGCUAAACGUAAACUGGAAUGGGAAAUGGAAAAAAAACGAAGAGAAGAAGAAGCAGAAAGAUUAAAGGAAAUUGAAGAAGAAAAUAAAAGGAAACAAACAAUAUUUAUGGAAAAGUUAGAACAAUUUCUAAAAGGCGAUUCAGAAGACCCACCUGAAGAAUUACUUAUAUCCAGAGAAUCUCGUCCAAAUACAAAUCUAUGUCCCUUCUUUUUGAAAACAGCUUGUUGCCGUUUUGGGGAUGAGUGUUCACGAAAUCACCAAUAUCCUGGCAUAAGUAAUGUACUGUUAGCUACAAACUUUUAUUCACACUUUGGCUUAGAAAAUUCCAAUUUCAACGAAUAUGAUACAGACCUAAUGCUGGAAUAUGAUGAUAAAGACACAUAUAAACACUUUGAAGAGUUCUUUAAUGAUGUACUGCCAGAGUUUGAAAAAUAUGGUAAAAUUGUACAGCUUAAGGUGUGCAAUAAUUAUGAGAAACAUCUGAGAGGAAAUACAUAUGUAGAAUUUAGAGAUCUACGAAGUGCAGUUGCUGCAUACCAAGGUCUUCAUUCACGUUGGUAUGGCGGUAGGCAGCUGUCAUUACAAUUCUGUAAAAUAAAGUCCUGGGAUAAUGCAAUAUGUGGAUUGCAUCCACAAAGACGCUGUCCCAAAGGUCGAGGCUGCAACUACUUACAUGUGUUCAGGAACCCAAAAGAUUUAUUUUCUGGAUAUAAUGGUCAACAUAACAGGCAACGAAGAACACCCCCACGGUCUUGGAGAUGGUCAGAAUCUCCGGAAAGAGAUCCGUCGCCAAAGAGAAGACGAUCUCGUUCUAGGAAUUCAAGACAUGACAAUGAAGAUCGCAGUUCUCGACAUCACAAUGAAAAAGAUCGCGACACCCCGCGCAAAAGGAAGUCUAGAAGUGAUACCAACGAUCGCUGAUGGAAUACGUAAUACUAAUAAUUUUAAGGAAAUUAUUAGUUUGGUUUUUGCUUUUAUUAUAAUCUAUCCUAAUGUUAUAAAGAGGAAAGGUUUAAAAUUCCCCUGUACUGGCUAACAUAGGUUAAAUUAUUACUAGAAUUUUUGUUAAAUCGAGAGCUGAUAAAGUGACGAGCAACAGCUAUUUAGUUAUAAAAAUAACAACUACUUUAUAAAAGUACAAUUGCUUAGUAAAAUGU